AUGCGGAAAUUGUGGAAUGCUCGAGUCGAUAUCUCUCUGAGCUCCUCAUCCAUCGGCAUCGAUCCCGACCCCAAUCCCUCCUCCGCCUCCUCAACUGCCUCUCGAACCCAGAGCAUCCGACGCCGCCUCCGACACCGCCUCCGCCACGGCAUCGCCUCUUCCGCUGAAGUCACUGCCUCCGCCCAGCAUCGCCUUUCUCUUCAACGACCGAGUCAUCGACUCUCCUUCGAUCGAGUUACUUUAGCUUAUUGUUGUACUUCACAAGUGCAGUACAGUGAUCUGGCUGAAGUUGAUCGUGCAUCAAUUCUCGAAAAGUUUCGUCAAUCGACUUCAGAGUGGAGUCAGAACAUCAAUGUUCUUCCUGGGGAUUGCACUGAAUCUGGAAAUGGAGACCACAAUUGCGCUAUGAUAGUUGUAACAGAUGCCUGUUUGCCUUCUGUUGUUCCUGGAGAAGCACCUGUUUCUGCUCACAUUCUAAUAAACUAUGAGCUUCCAACAAAGAAGGUCUUUUUCGAUCUUCUACAUUCAUUUCCCUAUAUGCGCUCAUUUCUUCUACAUAAGAAUGGGGAAAAUGGAAGGAUAGUAAUUGUGGUGGAUUGCAGAUGGAAAUGUCAUCAACAUGGUUGUUGGAGGCGAAGUGGUGACCCUCGAAGGAAUCGAGGAGAGUAGUGGCAUUGUCAUUGCUGAGAUGCUCAUUUUUGUAGUUAUUUGUGUUCAAGUCAUUUUUGUAGUUAUUUUUUGAUUCUUUAUAUAUCAAUGGGUCCUAAAUUUAUUUGAUUAUCUUUUUUUUUUUGCAAGGUGACUUUGUGGAAGCUACUGAGCAUUGUAUCGCAAUCUAUUAGUGCUGAUUAUACUACUUGUUUUAACUUUUUUUUAGACAUAUGACUUGCAAAUGUAUUGCAAUCUAUUAGUACUAUGAUAGCAUCUUUUGUAUUCGGAAGCAAAGUUAGUUGAAGUUGUUUAUGAACUUAAAUCAAGCAACGGUAAUGCAAAGUUUGUGUCUAUGUGAUUUGUAUCA